UUGCAUUGCAUUGUGGCAUGCGAUCAGGGCCGGUGCAUGGUCGUCGCCACACGGAGAUCCUACUGUUUCCUGCUGUUCUUGUGUUUGUUUGUGCCUUUUGCGGUUCUUCCACUUUGGCAAUCCACUCAAUCCACAAAGGGAACGGUUGAACUGGUGCUACAUGCGAAGCAUGUGGCAGAUGUGGUUGAUGAAAGCAGCGAUUUAGACAUGGCUGAGGGCGGCGAGGAACAGGAGAACAGGACCACUCCGUUGAGCAAGACUGGAGAGGAUUUUUCCAGCGUGACGCAGUCGAAGAUGCGCUUUCUGCUUUGGACCCAUGACUUUGACAGAAGAGCUGACACUAGUUUCAUGCUGACCUUUGGAGCGGAGCUGAUGGCUUUGGGUCAUAGAGUCACCUUGGAGAGUCCUGUCGAAGGGCCGGUGCUGGACCAAUUGGAUCCAUCCUAUGACUUCAGUGUUCGAGUCAACCCUCGAUUGCACAAGCUCCUGUCAGGCGAGAGGAACAGUGUAUGGGAUGCUAUCGGAGGCAACUGGCCAACAACUCAGCAUAUAAUUACAUGUUGCUAUUGUUUCUCGUGUUGUUGAGGGGCAGGUGAAUUGGUGGGAGUGAAUGGGCAUGACAAAAGAACCAAAUGCAGAUAAUGCCAAGAGAACAUCAGAUGUUGUUUUGUUAUACUAUUAUAUAAUGUUGUUCCAGGUUCCAUGCCGCAUCAAUUGAGGAACUGUGUGGGACGAGAGUGGUGACGAGCGUCCACAAUUUAUUGUUUUCUUCUCUGGCACUUGGGCGCCCUUCUUCCUCCAGUUGGCCCACGAGGAUCCUGAUGUUCGCUUGGUGUGGUAUUUCUAUGACUUCCCCACCUGCAACACGCCCAAGGAGCUUUUGAAGCAGCAAAUUGGAGAUGCAAUGGCCAAUGCUCACCGCGUUGUGUUUGCGAGCCUCGCCGAAAAACGAAAUUGGGCAGCACAUGACCGUGGUCACUUCAUGCUCUUUCCACCAUUUGCGCCAGUAGUUGGCGACGAGCAAAUCGGUAUCAGCCGCAAAGAUAUCUUGCACCAGCAUAGUUUAAAGGCAAAUGUUUUUAUGGUCACAGUGUUCUCAGACUCAUGUCCACGUGGGCAUGGUCGAAGAGAGGAUUUCAUAUGCAGGGACAUUGUCGAGGAAUUGAAAAGCAAGUUCGGGUCCUGGUUUCUCGUGAUCUUCGGGGAGUGGAGUGGAGCAAAUUGCAAGGGUGCCCUGCACCUCUCAAACAGAAGAGAGUUUGAAAGGCAUAUGGCAGUUGCUGACCUGCAUGUGAGCUUGACCUCAACAGCAUUUGCCACAGAUGUGAGCUUGGCCAAAUCAUUUGGGGUCCCUGUUCUCAUGGGCAAUGAUGAGGAUGGCAUGACGCCAGCGACCUCCGAGCCUCGUCAAGAAGGCCAUGAAAGUGCCAAGCCGCUGCAAAGAAGCUUGGCCAAGAUCUUGUCCCUCAGCAACCGCGAGCGCUCGGCCAUGGGCGCCAAGGGGCGCUUGGCCAUGCAGGCGUUCUUGGCGGAAACCCGCCCGGCGCGAAUGUCCGGCUUGCUGGCGCGGCUCAGACGUCCGAAAGCGGCCUCCGCGUCGCCAGGGCCGAAAAUCGGCAUCUUCAUCCAGUUGUUUGAUAUGCAUCCAUGGAAGGAAGUGAAGAAAUGUGUGCAGACAGUAUUGGAAGCUGCUGUCCCUGGCACAGUGGAUCUCAUCGUGACCGCGACCAUGCGCCACCAAUAUAUACAUCUCAUACUUCCAGUAAUAAGGCAAUCUGCCCCUGCAUCUUUACAGUUUGACAUCCUAUCAUAUGCUGAAGACAGGGGCGCUGAUAAUGGUGUUUUCUUGCAGCAACUCCUCCUCGCAAAGGACUUGCUUACGGACAACGAUAUCAUUCUGAAGCUGCACUGCAGUGGUGGGGGACAUCAGGACCAGGUGCGGAACCUGAGUAUCAGUGAUCUCUGUGGAAGCAUUGAUUCGGUCCGUGCGAUCAUCGACCAGUUCAAAGACCCCGUGCUUGGCAUGGUUGGUCCCACCAACCUGACCUGGUCCAACAACGAGCUGACCAGCCAUGUCGCUUUCAAUCUCACGCAGGGAGCCUUCGACUCCAAAUCGGUACAGCGCAUGAAAGAGGUUUGGUCAUUGAUGAGUGAACAACGGUUUCCACCGCGUACAGUUUGGAACAUCGUUUUCGGCUCCUUCUACUGGGUGCGUGCAAACCUACCUGUUUGGGAAGAAGAUCUAGUUCCGUGGGCCCCAGUGAUCCUGGAUGCAUGCAAGUCAAGGAAGAAAUGCUUAGCAAUAGCACGCGGUCUUGAAAGACUUUUGCCCACCCUGGUGGCUACCACACACAAAGUGGUGGCUGUCCCUGUGAGCAAAUCCUGGCCAACAUGAUGCUCAGGCAUGGUCUCACCAAAAAGGCAAGCUGGCGGCAGGGUAGUUUAGAGCAACUGCUGUUGGAAACAUUUGGGCAUGCCUUGAAUUCUCAACAAGGGUCCAGAAUUGUUGUAUAGUAUAGUGGCCAGUCGCAAAAAUCAUCCACCAG